AACUUCAACGCAUCGUGCACGUAGGCUCCCAACACCAGAUAUGACUGGUAUUCUCUAACAACAUGCAUUCAUAUUUUCAUCCACUACCAUAAAUCCUCCUUCACUAUUUAUUCUUUGAAAAAUAUAGAUCCAAAUAUACCGAGUCCAUGUUACGGACGUAAACGGCUGGCACGAAGGGAUGGAUAGCGCCAAGAACGGGAUGAGUCUGGAACGGCGUAAUAAUUAAGCAGUUAUUUACAGUACAGUAACGAACAGGAAGAAACGAGUCACUUUUCGCCCAUCGCGAAACCCCCCAGAGAACGAGCGAGGGAAAAAAAGGAAGGAGGGGAAAAGAAGAAAAACAAGCAGAAACACAGACAAAAGACGAAACAGACUCACACAAAGCGCCACAUCCACCAUCGUCCCCAUUGUCUCUUCGCAUUCACUGGGAGGCACCAGGCCUCGAACUAGACCAUGAGCGACGGCUGGUCUUCUCCCUGAAGCCCAUCAUGACCGUCCGAUCGAGGUCGUCGCUGCGCUUCUCCGUGCGACGAGAAGACCACAGUCGCCUCGCGCACGACGAGGACAGCACGUCUGCCUCGAAUCUCGUCCAGAAAUACAUCGAGCACUCCUCCUCGACCCGUCCGGAAUCGCUAGGAAGCACGAAACCCCCGCUGCAGUCGCGUAGGUCCCGGUCGCGACGGCGGUCUCCGCUGUCGUCCCAGCAGCCGAUCGAACUCGACCACGUCGACGAGCACGAACGGCCCUACAAGAAACCCCGGCUGGAGGGCCAUUUUCGCGAGAGCACGACGAGAUAUCCGCUGCGCGACCAGGACCAGGACCGAGCGGAAUCGCCAGAUCCUCUGAACACGAUAUCGUCGCCAGUUGACACAGCCCCUGCGCGCCCGCCAGCCCGACCGUCGCAGCCCGCGUUUGUGACAGUAUUACCGCCUUCCGGCGUAACGCGCGCCACCCGCCGCUCGCUGCGACAGCUCCCCGUAGCAGUGGACGGCGACGCGGAGAAGCACGACCCCGUGGGGUUGGCAGAGGGUGAUGCUGAUGAUGAUGCCAGUCGAGCUACCGGCAUUGACGCUGCUUCCCAGGCAGAAACAGGCCAGCCUGCCUCAGAUGGAACUGCGACAACCGCGGAGAAGCGAUCGCUGCGCUCCCAGGCGGGCGGGUCCCGCUCCAAGAGCGAGCUGGCGAUGUACUUCCAGAACUACGAGCAGAUGCUGAGUCUUGAACCACCCAAGCCUGAAUUUCUAACCGGAGAUACGACCGUCGUGCUGGUCGACGACUUAACCGAACCCCCACCCUCGUCGCUGCCAUCUCGGUCUUCGCCGUCUCGCAGUGCAGAAUCGCCAUUUGGGAAUCCUCUGCUCGAUCUACAUGACUGCGAGAAGGUGACGCUGCCAAAAGCUGAGCCCGGAUCCGACGUAGAUCCGCUGGGAAACGAGCACUUCUUCAAAGCGCACCGUCGGGUCGAGCGACAAGAAAAGCAGCUGCGGAAUAUCGAGCGGGAACGGGCGCAGCAUGAGAAGAUCCAGCUGGACCGUCUCUUGGACGAGCUGCAGGGCCAUGACUGGCUUCGAGUCAUGGGGAUCAGCGGAAUCACCGACACGGAGAAGAAGCUAUACGAGCCCAAACGAGCUCUGUUCAUCAAAGAAGUAUCCGCCUUGAUCGACAAGUUCCGCGUGUGGAAAGAGGAGGAGAAGCGCCGGAAGCUGGAAAAGGGUCAGCAGCUACGCGACCAAGAUACUCCAGCCCCAUUCCCAGAUCACGAACCUUCUGUCGAGGAGGCGGACGACGAGAAGGGAGGUCUUGCCAACGGCACGGCCUCGUCUGACAUCCAGAGCUUUGGAGAGCCUCCAGACAUCAACGACGUUGAUGCGUGGGCGGCCCGCCAGCUGCUCGAAGAAGCUCGAUCCGCCUCGGGAGGCAAGCGGGCCAAGGCUGCACGCUCUCCCUCUGCUCCUCCUCCGCCGCCGCCGCUGCCUGAGCCGGAGAAGCCAUUUACAUCCUUCUACGCCAAGCGCUAUCUCCGUGAUGCUGCCCUGGGCCAUCACCGUCGAGGGCGCACACGGACUGCGUUUGGCCAGCCGAUCCCGGACAUGGAGGAGCGGGAGUUCCAACUCCCGCCAGACAUCCUGACGGAGGAAGCCAUCCAGGCGUGUCAGCGCAAACGACGGCGGAUGAGACGGGCGAGCCAGGUGUAGCUGGAAUUUCCUAGUAGACAUGAUACCUCUUUGUUUUGCGUUUAUUGUUUGAUUCUGGCAGGCCUUGACGGGUCGGCCUGUUUGCGUGGGUGUGCUAUGGUCUGGCAUAGAGCACUAUAUAAUACCUGUCUAG